AGAACCCCUAGCGCCCGGCGUGCGGGAGGUUUUGUUCGUCACCCGGGCUUCGUUGCGUCGUCGUCUCCUCACCUGGCCGCGAGUGCGUCCUGGCCGCUGCAGCCCGGAACGGGGUGCCAGCUGCCGCCGCUGCCGCCGCCAUGGUGUCCCCGGUCACUGUGGUGAAGAGUGAGGGACCCAAGCUGGUGCCCUUCUUCAAGGCCACCUGCGUGUAUUUUGUGCUCUGGCUGCCCUCGUCCAGCCCGUCAUGGGUCAGCGCCCUCGUCAAGUGCCUGCCCAUCUUCUGCCUCUGGCUCUUCCUUCUGGCGCAUGGCCUCGGAUUCCUGCUGGCCCGCCCCAGUGCCACCCGCAUCUUUGUGGGGCUCGUCUUCUCUGCCAUAGGUGAUGCCUUCCUCAUCUGGCAGGACCAGGGCUACUUUGUGCACGGUCUGCUGAUGUUUGCUGUGACCCACAUGUUCUACGCCUCGGCCUUUGGCAUGCGGCCAUUGGCUCUUCGGACAGGUCUGGUGAUGGCAAUACUGUCGGGCCUAUGCUAUGCCCUCCUCUACCCAAGCCUGUCAGGUGCCUUCACCUACCUGGUGGGGAUCUAUAUGGCCAUUAUCAGCUUCAUGGGCUGGCGGGCUAUGGCAGGGCUACAGCUGGUUGGGGCAACCUGGCGCUGGACUGAGCUGGCAGCAGGCAGUGGUGCACUGCUCUUUAUUGUCUCGGACCUGACCAUCGCCAUCCACAAGUUUUGCUUUCCCGUGCCCUAUUCGCGGGCACUCAUCAUGUCCACGUACUAUGCCGCCCAGAUGCUCAUCGCCCUGUCAGCUGUUGAGAGCCGGGAGCCAGUAAAAGACUUCAGACUGAGCAAGGCCAAAUGAGGGGCCAGGUUCUGGUCUCCUCCUGGGGCUGGGGUCCAGGACCUGGGAACGUGCAAGAGUUGGAUCAGAGUGGCUGCAGUACCAGCCUGGGGCAGCAGGUGUUACCUGUGAAGUGUACAAAUUUGAGGGAGUAAGCAGGAAAAGGAUCUUUCUAGCAAAGCUAGUGGUCCAGGACAAUGUUGAUUGCUAAAAAGAGCCAGCCUAAUGCCCCUUGCUGGAGCCAGAAGUAGCUAUCUCUCCACCUCGACUCCAUGUGAACUAUCAUAGCCCCUCUGGAGGGCGAUGGUGCUCAGCUUCUUGACCUCCCCCAGCUCCUGCUAGAUGGGAGAGUCUGACUCACCCACUCCCACUCUUCCCGAUCCGCACAGAGUUGAAGGAAGAGGGGAGAAGUCUGUGCUAAGAUGACCCACCCCCAGGGCCUGAAGCCCCUUUCCCAGCCCCCUAGUUGGGAAGAUUGGAUGAGGGUGGAGUCUCCCUUUCUCGUCUAUCCUCAUUACUUGAACAAUCUUAAUCUCUUAAGUGUUGGGUGGGAAGGUGAAGGGGUGUCUGUCCAGUUAGGCAAGAUUGGGGACUUCUUUGGCCUGGGAUUUUGGGGUACCGAGGAUGCAAGUUGGUCCCAUCUCUCUCAAAGGCCAGCCCAGAGCUCAGGCCCCACACCACCCCCCUCAGACCCUAUGCCCAGGGCCAGGGUGAACCAUGCCAAAGGAAGGGGCCAGCCUGUAUGUAUGUGUCUGUACAUGUGAUUCUUGUGUGUGGUCUGUCUCCAAGCCUGUCUAUGUCUUUCUCUGCCAACUGUCUCUGACCUGCUGUGUGUCAAAGUCUUAUAGGGAGAGGACCUCAGGGAGCUGCUGAGGGGGUGCUGAGCCUGGCUCAGAGAGCUGGGAACCCCCCCCCAUACACACCCACUCUCAAUGCUUUCCUCCUUGCGCUUCCUGCACUGGGAGCAAGAGGAGGGGGCUCCAAUGACACUCUAGGGUCAUAAGACCCAAGGCACAUUCAAUGCAAGGGGAGCAAGGAUGGGAGAACUCCAUCCUAUCCCUCAUGUGAAAAAAAUAAAUAAAUAAAAACCAAGGGUAACUCACUGCCCUGCUUGUC